AUGUUAGGAAAGAUCAGCUUGUGCAUAAUGCGAUUUACAGAGAGUCCGUCCGAAACCCUCGAAGUGGUCAAAACCCUUAUAGAGAAGGUGGAUCUUAAAAGAGACGACGUUAUUAUAUACCUGGUCAGCAAAGGAGCAAACGUGAACAUUGAAAAUAGCAAGGUCAAAUGGCCAUAUGAGGACACCAGAAGCCAGAUCAGCAAGAUAUCCUAA